AUGUCGCAGCAGCAGCGGCAGGAGUACCAGGCGCAAGCGUAUGCCCUGAUGGCAAGCAUUGAGGGCACCAGCCCCGCCAGCGAAACCUUGCGACGGCGGCUGCAGGCCUUGGCGGAGGAGGUACCGCCCCCCGGCGCCGAGGUGGAAACUGUCGAAAACCAUGAGUCCGCAGAGCUGGAGGAGGAGAUGGGCGAAGUGGAAGAGGAGUUCACGGAGGUUGACAUCGGCUGCAGCUGGACCUUGACAGGCGCCCUCAUCUUCAACAUCAUCAUGUUCUACUUUAUUAAUUACCCCGAUGACGAUAUCAAGAGGUACACAUGGUCGAUCAUCAACACCACGCUGUCCAUCUUCGUGGCCGUCAUGUCUUUCCAGGGCGUGGAUGAGAUGAUGCUGCAUUUCGUCAUCGACCCCGCGCUUGGGGUUUUCCCGAAGGGUUGGCAGGAGCUGGUCCGGGUGAUGAGUGGAUUUGUCAUCUUCCUCUUUUGGUUCGCCCUCGCCCAUACCGUGGUGGCUUAUUUUGCCGGCCUCGUCUGCAACCCCGAGGAGGAUCCAUCACAACUGAUGACAAAGAAAUGGACCGUGGCGGAUGCUAUGCGCGGCGACAACGGCGAGGUCGUGGAGGGCCACAACCUCGUCAGAGAAGGUCUGUCGAAAGGGAUCGCGACAGUCGAUGGCGUCGAAGUGUUCGUCAAAAACCGAGCCGUGCUGCAUGAAGGCUACGAGAGGCGGACAAAAUGCUGGGCGAUGCUCUUCGCACACAUGGCAGGCUUCGCGAUGAUCAGCGCAGGAGGUGAUCUCCAGCACGCAGCACCCUUCGUGAACAAUCCGGGCAUGAGCUGGGUGUCUGUGGUUCUUUGCGCGCUUUUCUUGCUGCUGCUCUUCACGGCCACUGCCUUUCUGUAUAAAGAAGGCCCGGAGUUUGAGGAAGCGCGGAAGCUUUACAAGGAGGAAGGCCUGGAUGCCGAGGACGACAUCUUUUGCCUUGCCGUGUCCUUCCUUUGCGUGCAGUCCCUGCGCUUCUCUCUCUCAGGCAGUCUUCCAUCGAAACUGGGGCUCUACCACCACCCGGAAACUGAAGAGAGCCAGCUGAUCGGUCUGUACGUCUCUGCCGUGGCUAUGGUUGGAGUGACGGUAGCUGCAGCCGUCCUACUGCGGAAAGGGCGCGUGAAGGACCUGAUCGUGGGCACUGCCUCCAUGGGUUUCGCUUGGUGUGUUCUUUUCGCAACCCGUGCAGCCUUCGACGCGUGGCCCUUCCUCCAGGAGAAGAAAAUAACACCUGCCACGAUUGAGGGGCGAGUGUUGCUGGCGAUGACACUGUCCUUGUUCGCUUGUGCUGUGAUCGUCGUGUUGGAUAAGAUCGAGGAUGGAUUGGACAAGGAAGGAGACGCCGAGCAGCUGCACAAGCUGCUCAAGAACAUCAUCACUGGGCUGAGCAUCCUCAUCGGAUUUACCUGGGAGCACACGUUUGACGGCUGCGUGGAGGCAAUAUCAUCUCUUUGGUCGAACGUACUCCUUGGCAAGCUCGUGCUCACGCUUGUCAUUGUCGUCAUUGUGGUCCCUGCGUGGAGAAGAUAUAUCUUGGCCAAGGUUGUCGACCUUCACAAAGCACAGCGCGAACGCAAGGAAGCUUUCGAGAAGCUCAAGGACGGCUACUCCCACAGAGUAAGUGACGAGUCCAGCGAAGAAGAGCCGUCAGCUCGCCUUCUUUGCUGA